AUGUACAACAGCUGGGCGGGAAAGGGCAAUCCACCCCCGUCAGGAUCCCGUGAAAGUUUGACGCUGGCAAACUUGGCUGAUAGAAAAAGCGGCGCACAAACGCCCAAGUCACAGCACUCUCCUCCGGGCUCUGUUGGACCCACAUCGAUACAGGAAUUUGCAGAAGAGUCCUAUCCAAAGGGUUACAACUGGCAGCCUCAAAGCAAUCAAAUGGUUGACGUUUCUGAUUUGCUGGUUCGAGAGAGCGAAAUUCUUGCUAAUCUACCGCUUUUUUUGCAGACACCGCAAGAUGCUGUGAUAUUGCCGGCUAACACCACGAUACACACCCACAUCAAGGUGGACUACAAGGUGUCUGAUUUGAUCAUCAAAGUUAACAAAGUUGUUAACGCGCCCGGCGAGGAUCGCGCGGGAUCGCAGUCCUACCAGGUUCACAUUGCGGUGCUUGGGUUGAAGAAGAAGAAACGCUGGCACUCACGCAUAAUUCCUGCUCCGGAUCCUGUUUUUGAUGAAACCGCCGUGUUCAAGGGCAUGACACCGGACGAGCUGGCGAAGGCGGCGCUGCGGUUGCGUCUGUACGGCUGCAAGAAGCUUCGACGCCACUUCAUCUUCGCGGAGUCCAUCGUCGCCUUCGCUGCGCUGAACCUUCGAAGUGGCGAGGCCGACUUCCCCUUCGCGCUCGCCUCAAAAGUUGGCAGCGAAAGUGUUGUCGAUUCUGACAGCGACACCGGCGACAACUUGAGUCGACUCCACGCCAGCCGCAUGGGUUCCCGUCUCUCGCUGCACAGUCGGGCGAGCAAGCGCUCCUCGAUUUCACGAAUGUCGAAUUCGCAAAGCCGCGGCCCGCCGUCUGUGGCGACAACCGACCUGCCGGAGCUGGAGACCGCUCGUCAGGUGGCCGAGGGGCGGGAGGCGAACUGGCCGGAGCUUCUCUGUGGUCUGGCCUACAACGUCACCACGAAACGCCUCAACAUCCACGUCCUCAGAGCCAGUCGCCUGAAGAUCCCGGAGACGUCUCUACGAACACCGAAAAACCUCUCUGGAUGA